AAUUUAUUAGUUUUAUGCAUCCGUUGUUUCCCCCUACGCAUGCGUGUUGGUCAAUAAUGGCGAAAUGUUUCAAAAGGUAGUCGAUCAGCUGUUUAAAGUGAUGGUGUUUUAAUAUUCUACAAAAAUUAAUUCGUAAACAUGUGUGUAUCAUGGGUGCUAUUGCAUCUGUGCUGCAAUGGCAUUGCAGGACAUGCAGCCUCAUAAACCCUACGGAGCAGGUAAAGUGCAUUCGAUGUGGAACACAGCGGCAAAACAACAUAAACAAAGAAGAUGACAUAACUGAUUCCAUAUGUGAAAAUUUUGGUGGCAGCACAAACUGUACCGUCAUACGAAGACCAAAAAAUUGUAAUGCCACCAAAAUAAUUUUAAAAAAUAAUUUUCUUAACAGCAAAUUUAGCCAAGUCAAUUCUGCAACAUACCGAAUAUCAUCAAAACAACAUGAUUAUUUAUCGCAGCGAGAUUGUAUUUACCAUGGAAAUAAUGUUAAUUAUUUCACUAGUCUUAAACGAAGUAAAAGCGAACCUUCUCUAACCUAUAUCUACAAAUGUGAAGUGUGUUUAUUUAAUUCUAAUUCGUGUACUCUAAAGUGUGUUGUGUGCAGUUCAUUCCAGAAUAAAAUGAACAUAAGUCGUUCUCCUUGUAAAUAUUGUGCGGCUUUUAGUAGUUUACCUCCCAUUGAAAACUCUCAUUCAAAUACUGUGAUCAGGAAUUAUUUAAAUUGUAACAAAGCCAAUACCUGCCACUGUCAACUGAAUCAAACCACAAAUUUUGUUUCAUUGUCGAGUAUUCGUAGUUAUAGUUGUGAUGGCAACCAGCAACAAACCAACUGGGUUCCACAGGUGGACAAUACUAAAGCUCACAAAAAAAAUGAUGAAGUUGUAGGUGUAAAUAGAAAUAAAAGUGAAGGAAAUUGUGAUUUGAAAGAAUUUCGCACAUUCUCUUGGAAACCCAAAAAUAUUCCACAAAGUACUACUUGGACCUGUAAAAGAUGCACACUACUUAAUAAUCCAGACAAUAUGUACUGUGAAGCUUGUGAAUCACCAUUUCAACCAGAUCUGAACAGCAAUAUUAGUCCCAGUGUUUUAAUAAAGGUUGAUAACUGGGCAGAAAAUGAAAAUAUAGAUUUAGGAACCCCAAGCCCAGGACUUACCAAUCAAAAACCAAUAUACCGUAGGUCAUUUUCUGAAUUUACAAGAAAGCACACAAAUGCACCAAACUUGAACAGAUUAAGUCUAGAUAGUGACGUUUUAGAUAGGGGUAACUUUUCGAAAUGCAGUUCUUCCAUGAGUGACAUUCAAAACUCUCAUGGUGUGAACAAAGGAGAAGUAAAGCAUUGGGGAAGUUUAACUCGAAGCACCAGUGAUAUCACAUCGAAAGAUGAAACGACGACCGAUAAGACUGUCUAUACUUAUAUAGGAAUUACUGAACCUGAAUCUAGAAAAAAAGUUCAACAUAUCUACGAAAACCAAGGCAUAAUUGCAUCGCGAAGCAGACCACCUAAAUAUAGCACUGAUGAAAUAUUACGUGCAUUAAAAGGUUCAUCGACUCUAACAUUUAAAGAACGUAGGUGGACAUGUUUGCAAUGUUCCUUCGCCUAUAAUUCCCUUCACAGUUAUCGAUGCGAAAUUUGUAGUAGUCCUAAAACAGAACACUGUAAAAUAACUGUUACUGACGAACACAGUAGCCCUAACGACUCUAGUUCAUCUCAAAAGUGGGACAGUACAACAGUUUCAUCCACCGUUCCCAUUGCAACUUUAGAUCAGGGACUAGAAGAAGAUUUUCAGCAUAUGCCAGGUGAAGUAUCUGAAGAACAAACGUGGACUUGUAAAAAGUGUACAUUGGUAAACAAAGGAUAUUCAUUAACUUGCGAAGCUUGUUGCGGAUCGAAACUAAAAUCAGUUCUAGCAACAAACGAUAUGACGUUGCGCAAGGGCGAGUUUUGGUCCUGCCCCCAAUGCACUCUUAAAAACGCCCUCUAUGUUUCCAACUGUAAAGCUUGUAAAGCGCCCCGAUCAUCAAAACUUGAGCCGCCUCCGGUUGUCUCGUCUCGAAGUCCAUCUCCCCGAAGAUCUUCCCAAAAAUCGCACAAUAACUCUGUCGACGGCCUUUAUGCAGAAGUUAAUAGAGAAAGAAAAGCAUCAAAUCGAUAUAGGACAGGCUAUAUUAAUCUUCACUCUGAUAGAGAUGACGGGUCUCCUGUUGUGGAUAGACUGACCUGGCAAUGUGGAAUCUGUACUUUCGAAAAUAGCAAAUCUGUAUCUACAUGUGAUAUGUGCUUAAAUGUUAGGGAGGAAAUAGUCUCUUUCAACCAUUGGCACACAGGACUCAUUGACGCUCAAGCAUAUCCAAGGUAUGUCCUUGCGAUACAUAGUUCGAAAAAAGUUUGUGCUCAACAACAAACCCCCCCUCCACAUAACCUUGCGGACGCUAUAAUAUCCCUCACGUUAGCUCGAGGACAAAGACAUGAGGGCAGAGAGGGUAUGACCGCUUAUUAUUUAACCAAAGGAUGGGCAGGACUUGUCGUGAUGGUGGAAAAUCGUCAUGAAAACAAAUGGAUUCAUGUCAAAUGCGACUGCCAAGAAAGUUACAACGUUGUCUCAACGCGUGGUACCUUAAAAACCCAUGCUCUUUAUACAUUUCCCAGUACAUAUAAUUGUAUUGCUCAAUUUUCAUUACUAUUUGUACAUAUUUCUAACCUGCUUGACCAGGCUAAACGGAAACAACUAUGGGUGCCUCUAAUCGAAAAAGCGGUUGCUAAAAUACACGGUUGCUAUGAAGCUUUAGUUUCCGGUAGAGCUAUUGAAGGCUUAGCAACAUUAACAGGAGCACCAUGCGAAAGUAUCCCUCUUCAACCGUCAUCUGUACCAACUCCAGCUGAAGAUGAACUUGAUACUGAUCUUAUUUGGGCACAGUUGUUAUCAUCAAGACAAGCUAUGUUUUUAAUGGGGGCUUCCUGUGGUGGAGGUAACAUGAAAGUAGAUGAAGUCGAAUAUCAGAGAAGAGGUUUGAGACCUCGACAUGCUUACUCACUUUUAGACGUUAGGGAUGUUGAGGAAUAUCGCUUGCUGCAAUUAAGAAAUCCUUGGGGUCAUUAUGUUUGGACAGGGGACUGGUCAGAUAAUUCAGAUUUAUGGACUGCUCAAUUACGUCAUCAGUUAAUGCCCAACGGUCCACAAGACGGUACAUUUUGGAUUUCUUUUGCAGAUGUUUUAAAAUAUUUUGACUGCAUCGAUAUUUGUAAAGCAAGAAAUUGCUGGAACGAAGUUAGGCUCAAUGGCAUCUUACCGCCCUUUGCAUCACAGCAACAUCUUUCGUGCAUCUUAUUAACCGUUGUUGAGCCUACAGAAGUCGAUCUCACUCUUUUUCAGGAAGGUCAAAGAAAAUCUGAGAAAUCUCUUAGAUCUCAAUUGGAUCUGUGUAUAGUUGUAUUCAAGGCUCGGAGUCAAAAUCAGAUUGGUGGUUUAGUAGAACAUAGCAAAAGACAAGUUCGGGGAUUUGUCAGUUGUAACAAAAUGUUAGAGCCUGGUGAAUAUAUUUUGGUUCCCUUAGCUUUCAACCAUUGGCACACAGGACUCAUUGACGCUCAAGCAUAUCCAAGGUAUGUCCUUGCGAUACAUAGUUCGAAAAAAGUUUGUGCUCAACAACAAACCCCCCCUCCACAUAACCUUGCGGACGCUAUAAUAUCCCUCACGUUAGCUCGAGGACAAAGACAUGAGGGCAGAGAGGGUAUGACCGCUUAUUAUUUAACCAAAGGAUGGGCAGGACUUGUCGUGAUGGUGGAAAAUCGUCAUGAAAACAAAUGGAUUCAUGUCAAAUGCGACUGCCAAGAAAGUUACAACGUUGUCUCAACGCGUGGUACCUUAAAAACCGUAGAUUCUGUGCCACCUCUUCAUCGACAAGUUAUUAUCGUGCUUACACAGCUGGAAGGAAGCGGUGGCUUUUCAAUAGCCCACAGACUCACUCAUAGACUAGCCAAUUCGCCAGGGUUAUAUGAUUGGGGCGCUCCAGGAACGUCACAUGAUCCAGAUUUGGACUACCAGACCAUAGGACUUCACAGUCCUCGUUUAAUUACGUAAAAAGCAAGAAGAGGCCUAUAAUUCAAAAUAAUUAAGCCAUAUUGUCUUCUUUGUUAACGUAUUUUGGAGAUCUGAUGGGGAUAAUUGCUUUAUGGUGAGUUUUUAGAACAUUAAUCAUUCAGCUAUAUUUUUAUUGGGAUAGAAGUACAUAAGAUACAAUUUGGUACUCGGUAUAAAACAAUUAAUUAUUUUCCAAAUUUUGGAGCUCUUUUAGGUUACUAAAAAAAUUUACUAGCAAAAGUUGUGCUUUAAUUUUUCAAGUCUGUAUACGUAUGUAGGAAUAAAGUUUAAAUUUAAUUUAAUUUUAAUAAAUAUCGGUAGUUUAUUUUCAGAAGGACAUUUUUGUUUAAAAAAUAAUUCUGUCAACAAUAAUUAAGGGAUUUAUUUUCGAUAAAUUUCAAUACAAUAAUUGAAUAAGAAAUUAUAAUUUAAUUUGUUCAAAGUUUUGCUCACUUAUAUGAUAUUUAAGUAUGUUUAAAAGUAUAUUCAAUAAACUUGUUUGGGAUUUAAUAUGUUAUUAACCAAAUAUACGAAAUAAUAAGGGGUUCAUAGUAAUUGGUUGUAUUGUGAUAUUAUUAUUAUUAUUAUUAGAAACAAUUAUCUCUUGUUCUUAUAGCAAUAUCUAUACACAAGACUUCUUAGCAUAAAUUCUCAACUUUUUAAAAUUUACACAUACUA